CUUUCCUUAAUAUGAAAGAACAGUUCACUGAACAAGUUAGUCAGCAAGAAUGAGUUAAAGUUGUUUCAAUUAUUUCGUUAACAUCAUUGCUAGAAAAAUGACAUAAUUUUGUAUAAUAUUAAUGGACUUAUAAGAAUAUAUAGAUUCCUAUUGUAUAAUUUGGCAGCCUGCAAUUCAAUAAAAUAAAGAAAAACGAAAAAAAAAAAUCGGCAGCAUCUUCUAAAUAUCGAUACAAGCAUAAACAAAAAGUUAAGAUCUUCAAAUAAAAACCUGACAGAAUUAUAAACAAUAAGCAGGACUUAUCAAGAUUUUGUCUAUAAAUGGCACCUACCACACAAUCAGAGAUGAACAAAGGAAACGAGCUGUGGAAGUUCAAAUCUGAUCCGAAAAUGGCAGAAGAAGUACAGCUCAUUAGCAUGUGGGCUAGUCCUUUCAACUGCAGAGCACAACUACCCCUGAAACUGAAAGGGGUUCAGUACGAGUAUAUAGAGGAAGAUCUCUCCAACAAAAGUCCUUUGCUUCUGAAGUAUAACCCUGUUUAUAAGAAAAUUCCUGUGCUCGUACACAAGGGAAAGCCUAUUUCAGAAUCACUUGUCAUUCUCGAAUACAUCGAAGAGACCUGGAAAAACAAUCCUAUCAUGCCUCAGGACAGUUAUAGCACAGCCAUAGCUCGUUUCUGGGCUAAUUUCGCAGAUGAAAAUAUCUUGCAAACGGCUAUCAAGUCUAGUAAGGCCAAAGGGGAAGAGAGAGAGAAACUCUGGGACGAAGUUUGUCAGAAUUUGAAGUUGCUUGAAAACGAGCUAAAUGGAAAGCAAUUCUUUGGAGGUAAGAAUAUCGGAUACCUGGAUAUUGUGGCAUUUUCUUUAGUGCAUUGGUUCCAAGUGGCUAAUGAAGUUACCCAAAUGGAGUUAAUCACUGAAGAGAACUUUCCGGGCUUACUUAAAUGGACAGAAAAGAUGGGUGAUAUUGAUGUGGUGAAGGAAACCCUGCCUCCCAGGGAUAAACAUCUUGCUUUGAUUAGAGAUCUUAUGGAAGCUCAAAAGAUUUGAUAUUAGUUUUAGGUGAAAGGACAAAGAUCAUGCUUGUGGUUUGAUCAAUUCUCAACUUUUAAGUAUAUGCCUUUUUUUUUCUUUUUGAUCUUAAUAAACCUGUAUGCAUGAUUUACUUUAGUAGAAACCAUGUUUAGCAUUUUAUUUGGACCCA